AUGCUCGUGUUUCUCAAAAGACUUCUCCAUCUCGGCCAGACUGGACUACAGCCUCGCUUUAUCAGCGCCGCCAAAGCGAUUCCAACCGGCACAAACACGACGCGGAGGCGUUCUCUGUCCUUCCCAAGCCGACUCGAUGUUGUCGAGGCCAAUCGGUCGUCAUGGCGCUGUUGCUUUGUGUCUUUCUGGUCAUCUGUUUCCGAGUCUAUAGGGUCAAUCGAAACAACGACAUUGCGGGCAUGUGAGCUAGCGGGACUCUACCCGCGGGCGUCGACAGCGUUACGCAGUUCGUCGUGUCGGCUGUCUUUUUGGUACCGGCCAGAGUCAGUGAUGGCCGAUCUGGUGAGGCUGAGACUAGUCAACCGGUCUGGGCAGGGUUUGCCGUUUUACCAUUUUAUUGAAUGA